AUGUCUACGAACCCAAAAGCCUUCCCAUUGGCCGACUCGGCCUUGACCCAACAGAUCUUGGAUGUCAUCCAGCAAUCUCAGAACUUGAGACAGUUGAAGAAGGGUGCCAACGAGGCCACCAAGACCUUGAACAGAGGUAUCUCUGAGUUCAUCGUCAUGGCCGCCGACACUGAGCCAAUCGAGAUCUUGUUGCACUUGCCAUUGUUGUGUGAGGACAAGAACGUUCCUUAUGUGUUCGUUCCUUCCAAGACCGCUUUGGGUAGAGCAUGUGGAGUGUCCAGACCAGUGAUUGCUGCUUCUGUGACUUCCAACGACGCCUCCUCCAUCAAGAACCAGAUCUACUCCAUCAAGGACAAGAUCGAGACCUUGUUGAUCUAG